AUGGGUCCAUUCACGCAAAUACUGCUCUUUCUCUUCGCUCUCCCCAUUGUCUUUGCACAAGAUGUAUACGACUAUAUCGUCGUUGGUUCCGGUCCAGGCGGUGGUGUGUUAGCUUCCAAUCUUGCUCGAGCGAACUUCUCGGUCCUCCUCAUUGAGGCAGGCGAUCAAAGCACACAAGGCACCUCUGGCCAAUAUCCACCCCAGAUCACCUGGGACUUCUUCGUUAAGCACUAUGCUGAUGAGAAGAGGAACAUGAUGAAUAACCACCUUGUGUGGAAGACUACGGCUGGUCGAUACUGGGUCGGAGCAGGAACAGCUACGCCACCAUCGGGCGCCAAAUUCCUUGGAGUCUACUACCCACGCGGUGCUACUGUUGGAGGAAGCUCUAUGAUCAAUGCCAUGUGCACUUGGCUACCUUCGGACUCUGAUUGGAAUCACAUCGCCAACAUCACAGGAGACACUUCCUGGAGUGCUGACAAGAUGCGGAAGAUCUUCGAACGCCUCGAGAAGAACAACUACCUCCCCGCCGGCACCGCAGGCCACGGCUUCAACGGCUACUUCCAGACGAACAUGAACAAGCCGGGUACCGUUGGCCAACCCGUCCUCGGCAUAAUGCAAGCCAUCGCCGCGAACCUGUCCAAGCCCACCGACGCAGCCAGCAUCUCCAGCAUGAUGGGCGGCGACGCCAACUUCCUCGACGCCAAACGCGACUGGACGAACGGCAUCUGGGGGCUCCCCAUGCACCAGCGGUCCAACGGCCAGCGCUACAGCUCCCGCGACUACAUCCAAGAAACCAUCCAAAACAAGUUCCCCCUGACCCUCAGCAUCAACAGCCUCGCGACCAAAGUCCUCUUCACCCCCAGCGACACCACCACCUGUGGCGGCCAGCCCCGCGCCACAGGAAUCCAGUUCCUCCAAGGAAAAUCCCUCUACAAAGCCGACGCACGCUACACCGACUCCAACAAAGGCACCGUCAAGACCGCGACCGCCCGCAAAGAAGUCAUCCUCUCAGGCGGCACCUUCAACACGCCCCAGCUCCUCAUGCUCUCCGGCAUCGGCCCCAAAUCGCACCUCGCCUCGUUCCAGAUCCCCACCCUCGUCGACUCCCCCGGCGUCGGCAACAACAUGCAAGACAACCAAGAAAUGCCCAUCAUCGGACAAGUCUCCGGCGGCGGCGGCGGCUUCUCCCAGAGCUUCCAGAUGCUGACGACCAAGCACACGCCCGAUGGCGAGCGCGACAUGUUCAUCAUGCAAGGCCCCGGGUUCGCGUUCCGCGGUUUCUGGCCGUCGAACCAGACGAACAAUGCGUUGCCGGCGGAACCAGCCGGCGUCUACGGCAUCUCGAUGGUGAAGAACCACCCGCAGAAUAAGAAGGGGUAUGUGCGGCUCGCGAGCGCGAAUCCCCAGGACGCGCCGGAUAUCAAUUUCAUGCUGUACGAGGAGGGCAAGGAGGCGGAUAUGGGGGCCAUGAAGGAUACGAUUGCGUGGGCGAGGAAGAUGUAUGCGGGGGCUAAGGGCACGACGAUUACGGCUAGGGAGCCCCCGUGUCCGAAUGGGCCGGAUGCUCAGGGGUAUUGUGGGCAGGCGGAUGAGGAUUGGAUUACGGGGCAGACUUUUGGUCAUCAUCCUACGUCGACGGCGGCGAUUGGGAAGGAGGGGGAUCCGAUGGCGGUGUUGGAUGGGAGAUUUAGGGUUAGGGGGGUCAAGGGUUUGAGGGUCGUGGAUGCGAGUGCGUUUCCUAGGAUUCCGGGUGUGUUUCCUGUGGUUAGCACGUUUAUGCUCAGUGAGAAGGCGAGUGAUGUGCUGAAGGAGGAUGCGGAUAAGGAUGUUUGUGCUGCUUGA